UGAGAUCUGAUUGGCUACUGCUUUUUGAUUGGCAUGUCUGCAGGGUCACCGUGGCGAUAUUGGUCUGGAGGGAAGGGCAGGACUUCCUGGUCUGCGAGGUGAAGCUGGUCUUCCUGGAGUCCCUGGAGAAAGAGGACCUGAAGGGUUAAAGGGAGAAAUGGGUUUACCAGGAGACAGAGGACCGGCUGGUGUGAAGGGUAUGGAGGGCGCAACGGGGGACCAAGGCCUGAAAGGAGAGCAAGGUGCUAAAGGAGAACCAGGUGAGGUGGGAGAUGCCGGCAUGCUGGGACUGAUAGGAUUUCCAGGACCGAAGGGUCCGGAUGGAGAUCUGGGCUACACUGGUGUUCCUGGACUCAAGGGACCAGCCGGUGUUUUGGGUUUCUCGGGUCCUGUGGGUCCAGUGGGGAUGAUCGGGCCAAUCGGGAAGCCUGGCGUUCAGGGACCUAAAGGAGGACGUGGAGAGAUGGGGCCGCAGGGGCCGCAGGGCAGUCCAGGGCCACAGGGACCUCCAGGUUCUCCAGGCCCAUCGAGACUCUUGAGGCCUGCGGUGGAGCCGCUGCUGGAGCCGGACGCUGAUCUGCAGCUGGAGGGUUUCCAGAACACCGAGCAGCAGAGCGCAGAGAUCCUGCGGACCAUUCAGUAUCUGAGCGGCGUCAUCUCCAGCAUGAAAACACCGCUGGGAACUCGAGAAAACCCAGCGCGAUUCUGCCGAGACCUGCGGGACUGCAAACACACCAGCAGAGACGGUUUGUUCUGGGUUGAUCCGAAUCUGGGCUGCACAUCUGACGCCAUUCAGGUGUUCUGCAACUUCACUGCAGGUGGACAAACCUGCAUAAACCCGGUUACCAGCGAUCAGAUGCUGUAUGGUGUGGGGAAGGUCCAGAUGAAGUUCCUGCAUCUGCUGAGCUCCAGUGUGUCUCAGAGCGUCUCCAUCUGCUCCAGUGAGCCGGCAGUGACGGACACACACUCCACACACGCCCCACACACGCUGCGCCUCCACGGCUGGAACGGUCACGUGUUCCAGGAAAGCUCCAGCGCCGGUCCUGAUGAGAUUCUGCACAACUGUGAGUCCGUCUUCCUCCAGACGCAGCACACUCAGCAGCUCCCCCUCGUGGGCAUCGAAGGUCUCGGAGAACAGCGGCGGGUGGAAGUGGGUCCCGUCUGCUUCCUGUGAACCACUGAAGGACUUCCUGUUGCUGAUCUCAGACCUGCAGAACACAGAGCCUGCGCUGUUGACCUGUGGUCUGCUGUAGUAGCGUAUGGAGCAGUGGAUGUGUUGAUGGUGCUCUACCUCCCUCACGUACAGGUGCUCGCGUUCAGGUGCCGCAGGCAGAAACACACUCUACGCAAAUCCGCCAUGGGGACCGCACAGCGCCGGUUCAGCUCACUACAUCAUCUGUGUCAGAGAGGGAAAUAAUACGCUGGAUUAUAAUGCUGAUAGGGGCGCAGUGGGUAGCACAAUCGCCUCACAGCAGGAAGGUUGCUGGUUCGAGUCCCGGCUGGGUCAGUUAGCUUUUCUGUGUGGAGUUUGCAUGUUCUCCCCGUGUUGGCGUGGG